AUGCAGUGUUACUUUGGCAAAAAUGGAAGGAUUUAUAGCAAAUGUGGAAGUGGAUAUAAUGUGGAAAGGUACACAGCAGAAUUUGUCAAGGAUCACCUCUUCAAGAACACCAUAGAGAAGAUCAAGCAACUCCGUUCUCAGGCCAGCAUUGUCAAAAAUGGAAACAACAACAUCCCUGGAAGCAGCAGCAAGAAUGCAAAUGGAAAUGGAAAGUCCAGCACUGCAGCCAGCAAGGUAUCGACACCAGGCACCACCACAGCCACUUCGAACAAUGUGAACAAAAAGUCCUCGAGUAGCAGCACCAGCAGCAGUGAGGCUGAAAAUGCCAAGAAAAGCAGUACGACUAUACCAACAGGAAAAACGGAGGAGGCAGGUGCUGAGAAAACUGCAGAGAGUGGCAGUAGUAGCAGUACCAGUGAUUCUGAGGGUAACAAUAAUUGUCAGGCUGACAGUGUAGAGUGCAAAGCUGCUUGUCCAGGCAGUGGUGUGGAGACCAUCUCCCAGCCCAGUUGCGGGUCCAUCUCUUCUUCCUCUUCCUCAUCCUCAUGCCUCGCCUCUACCUCGGCCAAGCCAGCUGACCCCGAGGUGUCGUCCAAGAAGGAUGACCUGUACAACAGUGUGAGCCUUAAGAAACGCAACUCUGUCUCAGGCAGCAGUUCCAAUGGCAAUAACAGUAAUAACAAUAGCAAUAGCAAUAGUGCCAGUAAGGAGAAGAAAGAUGACUCCAGCUCCAGCAACAGCAGCAGCAGCAGCAACAGCAACAGCAGCAGUAGUAGCCAGUCUUCUGGGUACAUUGACAGUCAAAAGAACAUAAACUACACCAGACUAUUAACAGACCAAAUCAUGGCAGUAGACAAGCAAGUAGUGCAGCAUUGCAAGAGCAGGACAGACAUGUCAGGCACAACAGCAGUAAUUGCCUUGUUGGAUGGUGAGCUGCUGGUUAUUGGCAAUGUGGGCGACUCCAGAGCAGUCAUGGGUGACCUCAAGGGAUCAACCAUUCCACUCUCCUUUGAUCACAAGCCUAACCAGCUGAAGGAGAGACGACGAAUCAAGGAGGCUGGAGGCUUUAUCACCUUCUCAGGUGUUUGGCGUGUGGCAGGCAUUCUGGCAACCUCCCGUGCCCUCGGGGAUUUCCCCCUCAAGGAACCUCGCAAGCUGGUCACAGCCGAGCCAGACGUCCUCACAUUCAGUCUUCGUGAUCACAAGGCACACUUUGUCAUCUUGGCCACGGAUGGGCUUUGGGAUGUGUAUAGCAAUGAGGAGGCAGUAGCAUAUGUGCGAGACCACAUCCAUGAGUCGGACUUUGGCGCCAAGUCCUUGUGCCUGAGUGCUUACUACCGGGGUUCACAGGACAACAUCACUGUUGCCAUCCUCAACAUAGACAAGUUGGGCUUGUGAAUGAUGCAUUCAUUCUUCUUGAUCAUUUCCGUAGUUCAAAAAAAUGAAAUCCUGAGAGCCAUAACCCAAUGGGCAACUGACUACAUAUAUUGAAUAUAUAUAUAUAUAUAUAUAUAUAUAUAUAUAUAUAUAUAUAUAUAUAUAUAUAUAUAUAUAUAUAUAUAUAUAUAUAUAUAUAUAUAUAUAAUAAAUAUGAUUAAAUAAGGCUUUUGUGUCCCAUAACCAUUUCAGUAAAAAUAUUUAUCUAAUUCCUCAAUAGGAAAAGUGGUAGGCUCAUUUAUCAUAGGUUUAUUAACCAGAAAUAUUAACUAUAGAGCACUUUUCUGUACUUUGAUUUCAUUCUAAUAUACCAUGGCUUGACCAGUUCAUUCAAAGGAGUCAGUGGGAAAUAGAUUUCUUAAAGUCACUUCAGAUUGGUUAUUCAGUUGCUUUAUAUGUUCUGGGUGUCUCUCUCUGCUGAUGACUUGCGUUACGUCUCAGUGGAAGGUUUAUUAGAAGGCUAGUCAAGUUGUGUUUUGCCAUGGCAGGAUUAGAAGAAUGCUAGUGUGAUAUACUACUCAACGAUAUGUAAAUAUAUAAACACUAUAUUACGUACAUAGGUAAGGUUUUGAUACGGAUGGCUACUCUAUUUUGGGAUUCAGAGCGAAAUAAUUCUGUGGAUUUUUUUUUUAUUAUUAUUAUAGUAUUAACAAGGUCAUUAUAUGGAUAUAUGUGCAUAUACCAUUUUUUGUGUUCUGUUUCCAAAAAGAAAUGUAUGCUUUCAGAAUGAAAAAAGUCAGUAUAACUUAAGGAAGAAUCAGUGGUUGAUCUAUUAAUGUUUUAAGGUGGAAAUAAAUGUAUAAUUAAAUGAAUAAAUAUAUUAUUGAAGAAAAAUAUUAGAACCAUAUUUAUCUGACUGCAUAUGCUUUGGACCUCCGUCCCUUAGGCUCUUGUUCUGUAUGUUUUCUCUGGCAAGCUGUAAGUCCUUUUUCUGUUAGUUGUAAAAAUAGAAAGAAUGUCAGUGAAUGAAAUUUAUCAGUUCAGUAUGCAGGGAAGAAACACAGAUUUGUGUAUUGUGCAAUAAUAUUUAUAGUGUUUUUGUAUUUUUUGAUGGGAGCCAUUCUUGUGCAUUUAUCAAAAGUUACAAAUACCAAAUUGUGUUUAGUGCUCUCUAUGUAUUUAUUAUUAAGACACUGCUUAUUACUCAGAUGAUAAUUGUUACCAGUCAGGAUCUUUUGAUACCAUAGAACAUUAUGUUAGCACUGUUCAAUCCAGCUGCAGCCACACAGGAAGGCUUCAUUAUGCUAAAUCACCUCUACAUUCAUGUAUUCUUUAACCUGUUAGUAAGAACAAGGCAUAUGUGUAAAAGGCUAAAUACUUUUAUUUAAGGAUCUCUGUUGAAUAGCUCAUGAGUGGCAAUGGUUCUCCUCACAUCAUUCCUAGGAUUUUUUUUUGUUUUUGUUUUUGUUUUUCUGCCAGAUUUUGUUUUUCUCUCUUUCACUUCUAUUAAGUAUUUUUUGUAGGUGUUAAUUUCAUAUAUUUACAUUUUACUUUUUUCACGUAUUUGUGAAGAAAUAAUUGUGUAUUAAAAAAAUAUGCUCAA